UUCUUCCUCAUUCUCUCUACACUCACACUCCUAAAACUUCUUCAUCUUCUUCUCUCAAAUUCGUACGGAGCAAUUUCUUCGAUCUUCAUCGCUUUUGAUGAACACUGAAAUGGAAGAAGACGCAGGGAAUGGAGGAUUUCGGAAACGCAUGAGAGCAUCUGAUGAAGAUGGAAAAGGAGAUUCGAGAGAUGGAAUUAGUCUUGAUAAUACCAUUGAGAAUGAAGAAACUGACACGAAACUUGUUGCUUCUGAUGAGAUGGAACUUAACAUUGCUCAAAUUCUCGAUAAGAUUGAGAGCUUCACACAAACUGUUUCUAACUUGCUGGAAACUGGGAAGACAAUGUUUAAGGAACUCAGUAACGAAUUCGAAGAACGCUUGAUCAUGAUACACAAGGAACAUGUUGAGAAAUGGCAGGAGGAGAUCAAGGAAUUGCGUUUGCUUGAUGCAUCAAACGAGGAGACUACUUCCCUCUUACACAACGCUCGCUAUCUGAUUCAGAAUCCUAGCAUCGAGCAAUGAGGUAAACAGUCUAAAACCCUAUCAAGAAGUACUAUCAGCCAUUACUAAGAACAGAUUAUCUUCUGUCGUCCAAUGGUGUAAGAAGUCCUAUAUAUUACUUUAGAUCAACAUAUGGUUGGUUUGGGAAUUUUAGAUUUGCACAAUUUCAAAAACUAUAUGAUUUCUUGAAGGAAACAUAGAACUAGCUUAUUAUCAUGAAUCUUCUCAGCUAAAACCAGAAUUGUGUUUGCUUC